AUGAGCCUGGCACAUGACCGCCCCGAGCAGACAGAGAGCACGUACCGUCAGCUCGACAGUCCCGACGCGGUGAGAUAUCUUUGUUUAUCUGAAAAAUAUAAGUUUUUUGAGCUUGAUGUCAGGCAAACAGAAGAGGAGCAGCGGCAGAGAGGAAGGCUGGCGAGGAUGCUGCGGGAGCACAGGGCCAGGCUCUACAUCAUCCGGCGAUGCGUCGUCAUGCUGCUCUGCCACCAUGACUGAUGCUCGCUCCGCCGAUCGAUGUUUACCUGCGACCCUGCCCCUGUUACAUCAUCUCUGCUUGCUCCUCUGUCCAGCCACCAUGUAUCUAGGUUAGGUAUUGUUGUUUCGAUCUUGGUUUUUCUUGUGCAGGUUCGACAGAUUAACUCCUUGGUGUACAUAUAGGCAGGGACGUAGGUAGUAGUUGUUUUCUGAAUUCUGACGGUUACUCUUGGUUUCGAGGUUUGUUGGUAGUGUGCCGUGGUGCUCCCAAGUCCUGCAAUGGCGAGGAUGCACAUGUAUCGAUCUGUUCUGGGUACUCUGUUGGCAUCUCGGUUGUGUUUUUCCUCUCUGGCAAACGAAAAGGCCUAAAAAAAAGGAGGCCAU